AUGAACAACGAGCUACCGAACAAGCUACCUCUGCAGUAUCUGCUGCCUGUGGCGCUGCCUGGCCAUCCGGGUAACGGGAACGGGAACGUCAUCUCAAGAGGCCCAACUCCGGGUCCGGGCGUCAAGGAAGAAGAACACGAAGUACAAGAGGAGACUGAUCCUGAUGUGGAAACAGACUCUAAAGAACCAAAGAAGAGAACAGCCAGGGCAUGUAUUCGGUGCCGUUUUCGCCAUACAAGGUGCCCUGGUGGCCAGCCAUGUCUGAAGUGUCAAAUGGCCAAAACCAAGUGUGAGUACGUGGAGUACGAGAAGAGACUCGUGGUUUCACGGAAAUACUUGUAUAAGCUUCAGGACGACAUCGCCAGACUAAAGAAGGAGAAUGCUGCAUUGAGAAAUUCCGUCAAGGAGGCUCCUCGUAAAGUUUCCCCGACUUCUUCAGAGACGGCUGUUCCUCAAGUCCAACCUGCCGAGCCAGGUACGAGCCAGUUUGGCGGUCGUUUUGGUUCUAACAUCCCUCCUGCUCCUCCAGAGACGUCUCCAGAGUUUCAUCCUGCUGCUAAAAGUGACCCUACUGGCCAGGAAGUCAUCAACCCAUCCCUAGACAAGUAUGGAAGACUCAUUCAAUCCAGAACAGGUGAAAAGCUUUACGUUGGUUCGUCCUCUAUGACGCUUUUUGGUCUUGAAAUCCAGAACAUGGCUCCAUCCUUCGACCAGCAUUCGCUUCUUCAUCCCAACUCUGUCCACACUACGCCGGUUGACUCACCGCAGAGCCAGUUCGUCAGUCAAAGCAGCUUCCAAGAUACAGCUACCAGUGAAGUCAGAAGACAAACGAAGAUCUUGGAGAAGGAGGGCAAUGCAUACAACAUCACGUUGGCCAAAACCAACACCCGACCCGGUCUCUCCGUCAAUUUCACCUUACCGUCAUAUUCAUACGCCAUUCUUCUUGUGGAUACUUUCAUCAGCUAUAACGAUGGUUGCUUCUAUUUCUUUAACGAAGGCCUCGUUAAGCGCUUCCUUAUGAACUUGUACCUGGGCAACACUACCGAGAACAAGAAGAUCAUCAAGAGGAACAUGCCUUUAAGGGUUGGUCCGUCCGAUGAUGAAAACACCAUCAAGAAAGAUACUGACAACGAAACCAUUCUUGAGACUAUCUGGUUCUGUAAGAUCUUAUUGAUCUUCGCUGUGGGUGAAAUGUACUUGGGUACCGACUCUGAUACACAUCUCGAGCGCUCCAAGCAAGAGAGAAUCCACAUGUUUGGUCAGAAGAAGAGCAAAAAGAAGGAUUCUAGUAAAAGAAACACUCUACCCGGAUCUGGUUUCUUCUACCAAGCAUCUGAGCUCUUCACAGGUCUUUUUGCAUCCGGUGCUAUCGACAACAUAACCAAAGAUGGUGGUAUCGAAGUCAUCCUCUUGUACGCCUUUUACCUUCAGGUAGCCGAUUGUACCAUCGCAUCAUACUUCUACUUUGGAUUGGCGCUUAGAUCGACCUUAAUUUUGGGAUGGCAUGUUGAUGCGGAUAUGGAGAACUUGAACAGAUUCGAAUUAGAACAUCGCAGAAGAAUCUGGUGGACCGUUUAUAUGUACGAGCGUAUGCUUUCGUCGAAAGCAGGUCUUCCAUUGAGUUUUGCUGAUGACAGUGUCUCCACUGAAUUACCAUACGACUUCAAGAUAGAUCUUGAAGAUUUCCCUCAGGACGAGAAUGAUGUGAGAGGAUACUACAUCUUUCCUUCGGCCGAAUACAUCAACAACUGUGUGACCAUUACGCAGAUCAACGCCAUCAUUUUAUCCUCCUUAUACACCAAGCAACCGACUGCUAACAUUUUGCCCGUUGUUUCCGAUUUGGUUCAGCGUCUUUUCAACUGGAAGAUCGCCCUUCCUGACUUCUUGCAAGUUGACUUCUCGAAGGAUGAUGUCAAAAUUAACCGUUUGAUUGUGAACUUGAUGACUGAAUACUUCCAGGGUAUGAACUUAGCAGUCCGUCCUUUGCUUUUCCACUUUGCGACUAAGAAGCUCCGCGAGCUUCAAGUCCAGAACUAUUCAAACAGAUAUGUGGAUUUGACGAAGUAUUCCAAGAACGUCCUCACAUUGUUGAAUGCUUCUUUCCAGGCAUCCAUCAAUACCAUCAAAUCGAUCUGGGCGCUUAUGCCACAAAACAUGGUUGCGCUUUUCGGAUGGAUGGACCGUGAAUACCUCUUCACGUCAGCGUCCACAUUAAUCCUAUUCAAUGCGUCUUUUGGUGUCCACGACGCUACAAGAGAACAUCUAGACCAUGCUCUCACCCUCUUCACCAAGAUGAAGAAACUUGGUAACUACCCUGCCGCGCUUAGAAGAGCCCAAUUACUUAAACUUAUUAGAGUGCUUGAUUUCAACGGAGUUAUGCAAGAUCUAGUCACCAAACAUGAUGAUGGCCAGCCAACCCCUUCGGCGAGCGAGGCCGUUAAAAUGGACGUCGAGAGUAAUGCUUUUGGCGAUACCAUGUCGUUCAUUAAUCUUGGAAAUGCUGCUGCUCUCCAUAACAACCAGCAGAAUGUCAUGAAACCUCAACCUAUGUCCCAGAUGCCCGAGCCCAUUCGUGCAAGUUUAGAUUUCCUCCAGUUCAAUGGGCCUAAUCCAUCCGGUGCACAAGCCGCUUCCCAUAGACAUACACCUACAAUUCCAGCAUCUGCGAACUUGACGACAGAAAGUGCGUUUGACUUUAAGGAACAGAAUCCUAAUGCCACUGGUUUUGGAGGCGAUGUGUAUCCGAAUGCGGACUUAGCAGGUAUUGAGGGAUUGACAUAUGUGGACGAAGAACAGAAGUUAUGGAACGAAAUUACCAAUGAAGCCGUAUGGUUGCAGACCUCUAAUGGUCUUCAAGGUAACCCCAAGCCCGAGAGCUCUGCAGCUUUGAAUGAAGAUUUUAUGAACUCUAUCCGUGAUGCACGCCUACACAAGGAGAUGGAGAAUGCUAUGAGCAAUGCUCCACCUUCGAAUUCGAAUAAUGGUUAUGGUGGUGGCUACAGCGACAUCAUCAACCUGGAGUUCCUGCGAGACUUGUUUUAA